ACAAAUGUCAGGGGGAAGAAGAGACUCACACAGACUCCAUGUGAGCUGCUCAAUAACCAGGCCUACUACUCUCAAAACAGCUACACAAGUGUCAGGAAUGGCAUGAAGCUGUCCCCUGGAUGGUCAGGGCAGGCACAGAGGCCCUGUGCCAAACAAGGGUGCCAUGGAAGGGCAGUGUGCAAGCAAAGACCAGGACUCUGACACUGCUUCCCACCUGCCUUUCCCCAGGACUAUUGCUUCUAUGAUGGGAACCUGGCCUGACAAGGUGCAGGGUUUUGGCAGGGCUCUCCACUUCCCCUGGUUCCAGCUGAAGCAGGCCUCAGUGCAGGUCCACUUCCCUACCUCACAUCAUGUGGCCCUUGCCCACCUUGUUUGGAUCAAGCUGGAGCAUCUAAAGCCUACAAAAGCCUCACCAGAAGGUCCACAUCCAGGGAUCCAGAGCAUCUCAGAGCCAAAGGAAGAGCCUGUGCAUGGGCGAGCAUCUGGCCCAGUCAGAGGUCCUGCACUGGCCUGGUCUGGGAUGAAGCAAUACCAGAAGCCGUCAUGGAGGCGUCUUUUUGAGGCUUAUUUCUUUCUUUCUUAAAAUUCUAAGCAAUUAUCCUAAACAAAUCCUAUAUAAUAAAGUUU